CGGAAAAGCGGAACCUCAAACUUCCGGCUGUUCAAACUUGACCCAAAUCAGAGACGUUUAAAAUUCACCUGUGCGGUUCAUGUUUCUUCUGCCGAAUUGUUGUUAAACUUUGGUAAAUAUGUCUGAAAAGGGUGAGGUUAAUCUCGCUGGAGCGAAGAAAAGCAAUGGUGUGUGGCUCGUCAAGGUUCCCAAAUAUUUGGCCCAACAAUGGGACAAAGCGACAGAGAAUGGAGAAGUGGGGAAGAUUACCAUAGGAAAGAAGCAAGGCAAAACUAAGGUUUCUUUCAGCCUGAACGAGGAGCUGACAACCUUAGGUGCGGUCGGGGAGAAGGACGCACCUGUGCAGGUCCCCAGGGAUCAUCCCUUCACUAUGAACUCGGUGGGUGGGCAAACCCUGGCCGUCUUCAGCCUGGGUGACCAAGAUGAAAUCAGCCUGGAGGGAACGGUGGUGCACAGAGCUGAAUGCAGACCCGUCGUCAGCGACAACUACAUGAAGCUCAAGAAGGUGCAGAUGAAAGAAGCCCUGAAGCCUCAGCGUUUGUCCCAGCAGCUGGACAGAGCCAUCACCACCGUCUUCAAGCCGGUCGCCAACCACGACUUCAACGUGGAAUACGAGAAAAAGAAGAAGUCUGAGGGGAAGAUGGUGAGAGCUGAGCGACAGGUGGUGUUGGACAUGCUCUUCUCCGCCUUCGAGAAGCAUCAGUAUUACAAUAUUAAGGACCUGGUGGACAUCACCAAGCAACCUGUGACGUACCUGAAAGAGAUCAUGAGAGAAAUCGGUACUUACAACAGCAAAGGUGCUCACAAAAGCACGUGGGAGCUGAAAGCAGAGUACAGACAUUACCGCUCAGGUGAAGAGGACGACGAGGCCAUGCACACGGCCUGACAGGAAGUGGACAUCUUUAUUUGCACACACCUUCUUUUUGCUUUGUUUGCUUCUUCUUCCAACCAGGGAUUUCAAUAAAGUUCAUUUCCUGUGUUGA